CUCAGCAAGAUUGAGUAGGAAGGCGAGACGCGCGUGCACACACACACACACACACGCACACUCAUACACAUACAUCAUCAGCAUGUCUCCGUCUGUGCGCUCACAACUUCUCUUCCUCCUCCUCUCUCUCUCGUCCCGCAUGAUGCUCACCCGCUACAUCGAGGAGGACGACGCUUCAGACGGAUUAUAUUCUCUUCUCGGUUUGGAGCAGAAGAGAGAAUCGGAGGACUUCAUUUUCAAACGACCGCUCAGAUGUUUGGACAUGUUGGCCACCGAGGGUCACUUCACCUUCGCGGCGUCGUCGCCGCAGCACUCGGCCUGCGCCGCCUUCGUCAUCGGCGAGCCCAGCGAGGUCAUCGGCCUGGAGCUGUCCGACGUCAACGUCGACUGCGACGGCGGCGACUUCAUCAAGAUAUUUGACGGCUGGGUUUUGAAGGGGGAGAAGUUCCCCAGUAGCGAGGACCACCCGCUGCCUCUGCAACAGCGCUACACAGACAUCUGCUCGUCCCAGGCGCCGGGCCCCGCCACGCGCUCGUCUCAGAACGUCGCCAUGGUCUUCUUCCGCAUCCACAACACCGACAGCGGCUUCACCCUCGUCGUGAAGAAGCUGCGCAACCCUUUCCCGUGUAACAUAAUGUCUCAGAGCCCAGAGGGCAGCUUCACCAUGGUGAUGCCCCAUCAGCACAGGAACUGCAGCUUCUCCAUCAUCUACCCGGUGGAGAUCCAGCUGACGCAGCUCAGCCUGGGGCAGGCCAAAAGCAACGAGCUCAGGCCCAAGGUGAGGCUGUCGUCUGGAUGUCGGGGUUCCGGUGACUACGUGCAGCUGCUGGGUGGAAACGGGGUGGACACGUCGCACAUGUUCCCCAUUGCCGAUCUGUGUUUUCCUCUCAGUGGGCUCGCCCAGAUGAAGAUCGGCUGUGAUAACUCGGUGGUGAGGCUGGUGUCCAGUGGCAACUACAUCAACCGAGUGUCUUUCCGCUACCGACUACUUCAACGCAACCAGCUGCCCGAGGCCCAGGAGAACAGCGUGGACAGCUUGUGCAAUGUGGAAUGAAACUGCACAAGUCACACAAAUUGUGUCAAUACUUUUGUUUACAUUAUGAAAUAGUAUUUUAUUGUCAACUCAUUCACUGCCGUGGACGUUUAUAAUGGUAAACUGAAAUCUCAACCGUUUACUGCCACCCACGUAUAUAUUCGUCAACUCUGUUUUUCAGGUUUGUAAACCCAGUGGUUUUAAUGACUAACAAAUCCCUGUAGAUGGCGACCUUGCAUCGCUUUGGUUUUGAGACCAGCACAGCUUUUGAGUAGAAGAUAAAGAUUAUGCAGUGAAUCUCAGCUUUUCACGUCGAUUAUGAGGGAGAGAAUUGCCAAUUGCUGGAAGUUUAGGCACCUCACACUCGGAGUAUGUAUAUGUAUGAUUCAAGCAGAGUACAAUCGGGACUCACACUAGUAAUGUAAGAACCCACUGACGUUCAACUCGAGCCACGCAGUGAGUCAGCCUCACUCACGGCAUCUUUCUUAGUUGUACAUUUGUAAAUAAAUUAUUUUGUUAUCAAACGCCCUUUCCUAGUCUUAUUUUUGUUGUUUUCUAGUUUGAGGUGUCAAAAAAGAAAAAAAAAAAGUAUUCGUGUCAAAGUAACUGUUCUGCUUGACAUUUUGUUUUCACAAAAAGCUAAUUUUCUCCACUUUCUGGUCAGAAACCAACCAUGUUCUACCACUGAUAACUAAAGAUCAGAAUUUUUUUCUUGUGGAAGAAAGAAAGUUGUUUUGUUUGGUACUGCGCUUAUAUUGUCACAAAACCCAAUAUUCUGUAGGUCUUGAAAGAUCAGUCAAAAUACUCUAAAACAGCUGCCAAUAUGGGAAAACUGCUUUGAAAAUGCCUGGCAGUGAAUGAGUUAAUUAACUCUGCUGAUUAUUUCUUGUUAACAAAUUAAUUUACUGGAUGUUAAAUGCAUAGACAAUUGUGAUGUUUUAUUGUUUUAAAAUUGCGUGUAAUCUUCCUUACAUGUCGCUCUUGUUUGUAAUGCCUUGAACGUUUUGAAAAUUAAAGAAUAAAACAAAAACAUAAUGCAUGACAAAGCAGAUUUUUUUUAUGGUCUUUUUUUAAAAU